CGCUGUAGACAACGGAGCGCCGUUGAUAAUCAAUUACAGCGAGCAAAGUGAGGAACGCCUCUUGAAGUGGGAGCAACCAAUCUGAAUGCUUUCGCUGCAUAUCAAAGUAAUCUUGUUAAAUGUGAGUCAAAAGGAUCUAAAUAUUCAUUCUGUCAAAACAGCUUGCUUCUGUGCCGGCGCGAAAACUGCCUCACAUCUAGUGAAAGUACACGGAAGUGCCUAAAAUGACAUGUAGACGACGGUCACGCCGCCCCCGGUCGUAGCGGCGACGUUUGCUCAUUCACGUGUUUGAGUUUACUGGUUUUGUGACUUGACCUGACCUGACCUGACACUGUGGUGAUGUGGUCGACGAGGUGAUGGAGGAUAACUGCACCAUGAGGCCCUGCGCCACGGACUUUAGCAUUGCUGCUAUCAUGUCGAGGCAUGGGAGGGUGCCCCGGACUAGAUGUAGGGAACGCGAUCCGCCGGAUUCCAUCUCGCCUCUUGAAAAAUUUGUCGAGUCCUCCGCCUCGUCAGUACCUUCAACUCCGGAACCCGUUGGUUUAGAUUGUACGUUAGUUAGUCCGGACAUUGAAAGUGGUCGUGAAUCACCGGUUGAUGUGUCUUCCACGUCGGAAUCAGGGGUGCCAUCACAUUCUAUUGCGAAUGGUCGUAGAUCACCUGCGGCUGCGAGAAAUCCACUUUUGCAAGAACGGUGGACGAGUGAAGAGCUUCGAACAGUUACUUGUCAUUUAGAAACAAAAGAUCUCUGGGAAAAGUUCAACGAAUUAGGAACGGAGAUGAUUAUCACCAAAUCGGGACGACGCAUGUUUCCUACAGUUCGAGUUUCCUUCACCGGAAUUCGUCCGGACCAGCGGUACGCCGUGCUGCUGGACAUCGUCCCUGUAGAUAACAAACGUUACCGCUACGCUUAUCAUCGAUCUUCCUGGCUAGUAGCCGGAAAAGCGGACCCUCCAGCGCCCUGCAGAAUGUGCGCUCAUCCGGAUUCUCCCUUCACCGGUGAACAGCUUCGAAAGCAAGUGGUUUCCUUCGAAAAAGUGAAACUCACGAAUAACGAAAUGGAUAAACAUGGACAUUUAGUCCUGAAUUCGAUGCACAAAUACCAACCGAGGAUUCACCUAGUGAAACGACCGGAUGGUGCUUCAGGACAAAUAGUCGACUUGGAAAAUGAAGAAUAUAAAACGUUUAUAUUUCCUGAAACUGUUUUUACUGCUGUCACGGCUUAUCAAAAUCAGUUGAUAACCAAACUCAAGAUUGACAGCAACCCGUUCGCCAAGGGUUUUAGAGAUUCCUCAAGGCUCACGGAAUUCGAAAGUAUUUCCAGAGAAACCAUGGAAUCGAUGCUCGCGGAGCAGCAUUAUUUGCGCUCUCCGCUUCGCCCCUUCGCCGAUUUGGAUACUCACAACAACAAUUUGUCAAUCGAGGAGAAGGCGAUUCUUGCCGCGAGGUCGCAGUUGUUUUUGAGGGCGGCGGCGGCGGCAGCGGGACCCUACGGACCUUUAAUGGGAGGACUUUACGGUGCGGGUGCAUCACAAAGUAGUGCUGUUCCUCCGGGGGUUUUGUGGAACCAGUGGGCCUGCUUAGGUCCCUCGCUGUUGGCAGCUCAACAUCAACACCAAUUGGCAGUUGCUGCUGCCGGAAGUUCGCAUUUGAAUUCGCAAAUGUCGCCGUUAGCGAGACCUUUAGCUCAACACCGAUACUCUCCUUAUGCUUCUCUUCCCAAAUCUUCUCCAGAUACAAGUCUGAGAGACGGGCGGGAGUCGCCCAGUAGCCCGACUUGAGGAGGUUCCUUCAUCUUGUGAUAUAUAGAAAAUGUGUAUAAAACUGUACUCUGACUACCCACAUUGUAAAAACAAUGAUGUAUAAUAAAUAAAAUUAGCACUAUUUUAUAUUAAAGUAUUUAGCGGCGGUAUAAUUAAGUUAUUGGUUAUUGCAAUGACGUUGCUACUAUUUUGUAAAUAAGUCGCUUGAGAUACAAAACCACACUUUUGUAGUGUAAAUUGGUGUGUUAACUGAUUCUGCUAAAGUUCCAAACAAAUGUAUAAAAUGUCUGUAAAUAAUUUUAAUUUAUUAUAGUGAGCUAAUGUGACUUUUGGUUCAUUAUGUCUUUCAACAGAAAAAGCUUCAUUUAUUAAAGAUUUUUCACAAAAGCCGGUUGGAAGACAUGAUGACUGACUUGUAGAUCGUUAAACUCCCUCGCAUAAUUAAUUGUUUAAAAGCUGCUUAAUAUAAUUGCCUAGUUGUGUAUGACACAGUCGAGAUAGAUUUGAUUAUUGUAUUCUAAAUCUUUUCAUUGAAAUAAAAGCAUUU